AUGAAUUGGUUUGGAAAUUACUUCUCUAAGUUUCCUGAGGAUAUUUCCUUUCUCAACACACACUCACCUCUGUUGCUUUCACUCAUACCAUCUGAAGAUGAAGAACGUUUUAUUUCCAGCUUGAGGAGCCAUGCACCAGCACAGGCUGUGGUGAAGCAGCCUGUCCGGGGAGCCAGUGGCAGGACCACAGUCAUGAUCGUCCAGACUGGUGGGGACUGGAGCACCGGCCUCUUCAGUGUCUGCAGAGAUAGGAGAAUUUGUUUCUGUGGUCUCUUUUGUCCCAUGUGUCUUGAGUGUGACAUCGCCAGGCAUUAUGGAGAGUGUUUUUGUUGGCCAUUGUUACCUGGGUCCACCUUUGCACUAAGAAUUGGGACCAGAGAGAGACAUAAAAUACGGGGCACGCUGUGCGAGGACUGGCUGGCAGUGCACUGCUGCUGGCCUUUUUCCAUCUGCCAGGUGGCCCGGGAACUCAAGAUGAGGACCUCCCAACUCUAUGAAAUCUACGCAGCCCCUUCGACUAAGGAAAAUCUUAUCUGACAGAGCAAGAAAUCGCCUCCUCCUCACUUCCCCGCACCCUCCUCUCAAAUCCCUCUUAGUAGAGAGAUUGUUCUUAAGGUUUCACUGAAAUAGUAUGAAAAUAAAUGA